UUGCCGUCAGAUAUUGUUUACUCUAAUGCUUCAAAAAGAACUCCGGCAAAGUCAAAAGAUUUGAUUGCGGCAUUCCAGACAGACGACUUAUCAGAGAUUUGCAUUGAGAUUUUGCAGAAUGGAGAGAUUCAAAGUGAAUCUCAGUUAUCAAGGAAGUUUCGGGAAAUUGCAGCCAUAAUCAUGCAAGAAACGUUUAAUCCAGAAACUAAACGUCCAUAUACUUUAAGUAUGAUUGAGAAACUUAUGCAUGGAAUUCACUUUGCUGUUGCUCCUCAUAACAACUCAAAGAACCAGGCCUUGGGAGUUAUAUGUGAGCUUCAGAAGCAUUAUCCCAUCAAAAGAACCCGAUCCCCAAUGAGAUUACGGCUCAUCAUUCCUGAAAAGUAUUCAUGUUCUCUUAUGGAAAAGCUUGAUGCAUGGAAUGCAGAAAUUGUUUCAAAAGUUGAAUAUGGAAAUCAGCAAUCUUUGGUCUGUGAGGUGGAGCCUAUUUUUUCCCAAGACUGUGAUGCUUUGGUUAGGAGUCUCUAUGGUAGAUUAGAAAUCCUUGCCGUAUCAGUGCACUUCGAGAAGGAUGCCGAUGUUGUUGACGAUUGCGAGGACUGGGACGACAUUGAACCAGUAAGCAUUGCAGAGUUAGAUGACGAUGACCAAUGGGACGUUAUUGAACCAGGUCAUCAUUCUCCAGUACCACUAAACACUGCAGAGUUAGAUGACCACUGGGACGUCAUUGAACCAAGUCAUCAUCCUCCAGUACAGCCAAGCACUGCAGAGUUAGAUGAGAUCAAGUUAAGUGAGGUAUUACAGAAACAGUCCAUUUCCACAGGAAAUGGAGCCGAUAAGAAACAGUUGAUUUCCACAAGAAAUGAUGGAGCUGAUAAGAGAAGUGCUGAAGUUGAAGUAGUAGAGGUGAAGCAAAGAAAAUGUAGUAUCUGCAAUGCGCUAGUGGGGGAUGCUAAGCAAUUUCGCUAACACUUUAAGAGCGAAUGGCACAAGCGUAAUCUGAACCGAAAGACUAGGCAACUCCCGCUGCUCACUGUCGACAAAUGGUUGGAAGAUAAGGCCACGAGUGAUGCAAAGUUAGAUUUGAUAGAGGAUACCUUUUAAGAUCUGCUUAUCUUUUUUUUGAAAAAUUGUAAGUUGAGUAGUUUCCUGUGUUGAUAGUAACCACACAACAUAUAAUUUCCUUACUUUUAUGUGUCGGGAAACCGAGAUUACAUUACUUUAGAUAACUAGCGAUUAGCU